AUGCUUCUGGUUCUGCUCUUCGUCUGCGUGUGCUGGCACAACACGCCGGGCAACGCCGAGGUGGUGGCCUCUUUUGAGGAAACGUGCCCCCAGUUUUUCUUCAGGGAAACCCCUCCGAAGAUCGGACUCCAGCCCAGGUACACAGCACGGAUCUGCCAGCGUUUCAAAAACCAGUACCGGUAUGCCACGAUGUAUGACAAAGGACACCGCAUCCCUGUCUACUCGGCCUACAUCUACAACCCUGGGAGGGCAAAGAGACCCAAAAAUUGGAUGGUGGAGCCCCAGCUUGUGAAUUUAUCUUUGCAACCUGAAAUGACUUCGGAAAUGGCCCUCCUACAAAAAUCCCGUGCCACGCAGGCAGAGCUUUGGAAAAGUCAGGCUGUCAUGAAAGACUACAAGAACCUGGCCGGUUACAGCCGGGGCCACCUGAACCCGAACAGUCACCAGCCUGACCUGGAUGCCAAGAAGUCCACCUUCACCUUGACCAACAUCGUGCCGCAAUACAUCAAGCUCAACGGCGGCUCCUGGAACAACUACGAGCAACAGACGAUGGCGAGCAACACCCAAGGGUGUAAGGAAACCUUUGCCAUGGUGGGCGCGGUGCCAGGGAACAACUACAUAGCGGGCGGGCGGGUCAACAAACCCAGCCACCUCUGGUCCGUGGCCUGCUGUUUCAUAGACAACAACCACAUGAGGUCCUGGGCGAUCAUUGCCCCGAACAAUAAGGACGUGAUGGAACAUCUCACCCUGGGGCAGCUGGAGGAGAAACUCGCCAAGCUGUAUCAUCAGAACAGCGUCUCCCUGUUUCACAGCGACUGUCCCCGAGAAUAA